AUGGUGGCCACAAGCACUGAUGGGUUGUUUGAGGCAGGAACAGUUUCUAGUUAUGACAGGAAAAGUGAAAUGAAGGCAUUUGAUGAUUCAAAGGCUGGUGUACAAGGACUUGUAGAAAAUGGUGUGACAAAAGUUCCACCUAUGUUCUGUUGUGAACAAUCUUCUCUUAAUGAUGGGUCACCUAGUGAAUCAUGUUCAAAAAUUAGCAUCCCCAUCAUUGAUCUCACAGGCAUCCAUGAUGAUCCAAUUUUGAGAAGUGAUGUUGUGGGAAAAGUUAGAUAUGCAAGUGAGAAGUGGGGGUUCUUUCAGGUUAUAAAUCAUGGAAUUCCAACUCAUGUUUUGGAUGAGAUGAUCAAAGGAACUUGCAAAUUUCAUCAACAAGAUGCAAAUGUGAGGAAAGAGUACUAUACCCGUGAUUUUAGUAGAAAAGUUUCAUAUCUUUCCAAUUAUACUCUUUAUGAAGACCCAUAUGCUGAUUGGAGGGAUACCCUUGCAUUUUCCAUGGCACCUCAUCCACCUCAAUUUGAAGAAUUUCCUUCAGUUUGUAGAGAUAUUGUGAUUGAAUACUCAAAGAAAACGAUGGUGCUUGGUUAUGCUUUGUUUGAGUUACUAUCAGAGUCUCUUGGCCUUAAUCGCUUUCACCUUAAAGAAAUGGGUUGUGCUGAAGGGUUACUUCAGUUAUGUCACUAUUACCCACCAUGCCCUGAGCCUCAGUUAACUAUGGGCAACAAGCAGCAUUCAGAUGGUAACGUCAUGACAAUACUUUUGCAAGACCAAAUGGGUGGCCUUCAGGUUCUUCAUGACAAUCAGUGGAUUAAUGUACCUCCCUUGCAUGGGGCUCUUGUAGUGAAUAUUGGGGAUCUUCUUCAGCUUAUGACUAAUGACAAGUUCAUCAGUGUUCAACAUAGAGUUUUAGCAAAGCAUCAAGGUCCUAGAAUUUCAGUUGGAUCCUUUUUUAGAACAGUUCCAUCAACAGUCUUUGGUCCAAUCAAGGAAUUGUUAUCUGAAGACCGUCCACCAGUAUACAGGGAAAUUACUCUAAAAGACUAUAUGGCACAUCGUUAUUCAAGUGGCAGUGGAACCUGUGCACUACUACACUUUAAGUUGUGA